UUGGUACAGACAAUGCAGCAAACAUGCUGGCUGCUAUGAGAGCCCUUCCAUACGAGCACAUCGCCUGCAAUGCUCACCUUCUCCAGAGGACCAUCACGGUCUGCCUCCAUAGUAGUGGGUUUGCCGGUGUACUGGCAAAGUGCCGCAAGAUUGUUGGCCAUUUUAAACAAAGCCCUGCGAGUACCACAGAACUUAACCAGCAACAAGUAGCACUUGGAAAAAAGAGCGAGCAACUUCUACAAGAUGUACCGACCAGGUGGAAUUUGACACUAGAAACGGUCUCACGCCUCCUACUCAACCGAGAGGCUGUCCAGGCUACAUUGGAUCAACAGAACCACAGAUUGGUCAUGCCAAACGAAGCUGAGUGGGGGAAACUGCAGAGGCUGGAGGUCCUGCUUGAACCAUGCAGGUAUUUGACUGAGCUGCUGGGUGGUGAGGCCUACAUCUCUUGCUCUGUAGUGCUGCCUGCUUUUCGCCAUCUGGACCGUGUCAUGGACAUCACUGAUGAUGAUCCAGCCUAUGUGGUAAAGUUCAAGAACGCGUUCCAGAGGGACCUGGCAGCACGGCGAGUUGAUGCCAAUGAGACAUGGUUCAAGUUGGCCACAGCACUGGAUCCACGUUUUAAGGAUUUGAAAUGUCUUCCAAGAGAAAAGAGGGAACAGGUAAAGACUAUAAGGAUAAGCUGGAUGAAAGAGUCAAAUUUAUCAAAAGAAAAAUUAAUUUAUAUAGCACUUUUCACACAUAAAAAUGCAACACAAAAUGCUUCAUAAAAUAAAACAAAAAAAACAUCUACUGCACUUAGUGUUAAUGAUAAUCAUUCACUCAUCCAUCUAUUAAGUUAUUCAUUCAUUUAGGUGUGGACCAGUCUGGAGAACAUGCUCCAAGCAGCAGAGCCCAGAAGAGAAGCUACUCUCCAGCCCUCCACAGAGUAUGAUGAAGCAGCUCAGAAGAAGAGGAGCAUUCUCCUGCUGGGGUCUGACUCUGACUCAGAAGAAGAUGGAAUGAUGUCUGCAGCACUACAGAGGAGAGCCCAGCAUCAGUAUUGAUGACUGUCCCCUGCAGUGGUGGUAUGCUCACUCAGGAGCCUAUGGAAAGCUGUCAGCCCUAGCACGCAAGUACCUGGCCUCCCUGGCAACCUCCAUACCUUGUGAAAGACUGUUUAACCUUGCAGGCCACAUAGUACAAAAGAAAAGGGCAGCUUUGCUCCCAGAAAAUGUGACCAAGUUGGUCUGUCUCAGCGACUGGCUGAAGAAGAAGAAAUAAGAGGCAUGAGGUCAGCAAAGCUGCUAUGUCCUCUGCCUACUAGAAGUGAUUGUUUCAGCACUUUAUUUUUGUUAUGAUGAACAAUUAUUUUUGGUGUGCUUGCUUACAGCAUUGUGA